UGUCCACUUGUCUUUGCAUAAGACCAUGUGCAAAUUCUGGUAUAGGUGCUCGCUCUUCUUUUAAAUAAAUAAAAAGGCAUUUAAUUACAAUCGGGACAAGAGAUGGCGACUGGCACGAAACUUCUUCUUCAGGUAAUACAACCUUAACAACGAAUAUCUUGCGAAAAAAACAAAAUAAGUAUAAAGGAAUAUUUUGAGUUCAUAUUCGAUUACUUUUUUUAAAUGUGGGAGGUAAGCUUUAAAGCCAGUGAACUUAAAUUUAUUGAUCUUAAAGAAUAAUAGAUUGCAGAAAAACUGGACUUAAUUUUUUGUAAAUAUCAACUUUUCAUUUAAAAGAAGUCGGCAACAUUGUGAAGAUGGAUGAAACUAAACAGCAGCAAAAAUUUGUAAAAUAUGACUUUGUAGUCUGGUUAAAAAUCUCUCUGUUUAGUCAUGGGAAUAAGAGUAAAGUGAGGAUAUGUAUUUCUGUUUUAAAAAUCUUAGGACAUAACUGACUCUUUUUAUUUUAAACUUUCACAUUCUUUAUUCCGUUUAGACCAUGAGUAAAUAGUUAAAAUUUCAGAUGAUAACACGUGAAGUUUGUUAUAUUCGCCAAGAAAGCUAUCUAAAUUCUGUAAUGAGUGAAGCGAAGUCAGAAACUAAACGACACAGCAUAGAGCGCUAUGUUCAGAGCGUUUGCUUGGCAAUGAUAUGUGCUGCCAUUGUCUGUGUACCGUAUUGGUUGGCACAAAAUACAACACCACAUUACUUUCGUAUUCAAGCAGAGAAUAUUUACCUCAAUGUUAAAAAAGCACAGAAAAUGCAAGUGAUGCAAUCACUGAGAAAACGACCUGAACCAAAACCAGGUAUGCCAAGUCUGUGCGCUAAAAGCGAUAAAAAAGUUGUUGGUCAGAAAAUCUUAUCAUAUUCUUUAUAUGGAAAGUGGGCUGAGGAUUCACAUUGGACAAACAUGAUGGACAUACUAUCAGGUGAAGCUGCCAACUCAACGCUGUAUUCUGAUUGGAUAAUUCGUUUGUAUCACGAUGAAAAGUUACCUAAGAAUCGAAUUUUUGCUUUGUCAGGGAAACACAAGAACUUACGUUUCUGUGAUAUAAGAAAUAUUCCAUCAUAUGGUGAUUUAUCAGGAGUUAGUGGUCGAGAAUGGAGAUUUUUGCCAAUUGGUGAUAAAACUGUAGAUGUAACGUGUGUGCGGGACAUCGACAGCCCUUUGCUAAAACGUGAAUUCGACGCUGUUCAGCAAUGGCUAGACAGUGAAAAAUUAUUUCAUUGUAUGCGGGAUCAUCCUCAACAUGGAGGAUGGAGAGUUUUGGCUGGUUUAUUUUGUUUUCGCAAUUCCAAAAAUGAAACUGUAUCAGAUUUAGUCUUCAACGCUAUUAGGAAACAUGGGUAUCACAAGAAUGAAACGUUUGAACCUUUCAAAGAGUCUGAUCAAACGUUAUUAAGAGAUUUUGUCUGGCCACUGGUGCGGCACGAUUCCAUGCAGCAUGAUGGGUAUAGUUGCGAGAGAUAUCCAGAGUCAUACCCUUUUCCAAGCAGACGAGAAACAAAUAGUAGUGGCUUUAUGGGUUGUAAAAGACCGUGCACAAGAGUUGUACCACCUUGUCCAUUAAAGUGUAGACCAAAAAAUCAUCAAGAUUGGAUGUUUUGUUGAAUUGUUUUUGUUUUUGCUUUGUUUUUGACCCACAAUUUGCUAUAUUUAUUGUUCGUUUUAUUUUAUACUGACUUCUUUCUGUAUAUAGAUCAACAACGAAAAAUUUGAAAGUGAAAACACUUGGGAUCAAUGUAAACAUGUCGGAACUAAAGCACAAAAUGAAUGCAUUGUGCCAGUUCUAUGAUUAAAGAAAUUUGUAAAUAACAUGUUGACGUUAUUUCGUGUGGUUUAUUUAUAUUUCAGACAUUAACUUAUGUUGUUAAGGUAUAUCCUUGCAACUUUAUUUUUUAGGGAGUGUGAUGAAAAGGUCAAAAGACUAAAGCAGUGUUUAAUCAGGGUUAUUUAUUUGGAAUCAAAUCAAAUCAAAAAAUUACAUUUGUCUUUGAAUUUUGAUAAUUCCAACAUUUUUGAUGACUAUUGUACAUGCAUUACUCAUAUAAAUUCCUUAACAAAUAGAUCCAGCUAAUUGCUUUCAGGAGCUACCAUAAUUUAAAACUUUGUCAGCAGAAACAAUCUAUUAAAGUGAUAAGUAACUCAUAUGAAUUUGCUGACAAGCAUAUUUCUUGAUUAUAAAGGCCACACAGGGAAAAAAUCUUAACAUACAUGGUUUUACAAAGUGUGUUUUUUGACAUAUUUGUUCCUUCAACUAGCUUUCGGCUGUAUAUUGCAGCCAUAAUUACAUAUAAGAAUUAAAAUUCGGUUCUCUAUAUACAGUUGACUUCCUCUAAUCCGAAUCUCAAAGGGAAUAACUUUUUAUUCGGAUUGCAGGGAGAUUCGAAUAGUAGAAAGACUUUCUAAUUCGAAUUGAAAAUUCGGAUAAGAGGGAGAAAUGGAACCUUUUUUGAAAAAAUUAAAAAAAGUAAGGGAAGAAAUAAAAUCGAAUAAGAAAGUUUUCUUAACAAAUUGGUACAUUAUUUAUUUUUGAAAAAGUGUUCUUGUUACUAAGAUUGUCUAAGUCUUACAUUUUUUUAACAGAGGUUCAAAUUAUGAAAAACAAAAACAUUUGAUAGUGUUAAUGGUAUACUUACAUUUAAAAAUUCGGAUAAUAGGUAGAAUUUAGCUGAAGGGACCUGGAACUUAGUUUAGGUUAUAUAGGUUUUCGGUUUACAGAAAUUCGCAUAUUAGAAAGUAAAUUAUGAGUGUUUCUUUAGGACGGUUUAAAUGACCGUGACUUUGUUUGGAUUAUAGAAAGAUUCGGAUAAUAGAGAUUCAGAUUAGAGAGAGAGUCAAUUGUAUAUAGACGAGUUUAAAUACCAUUAAGAAAAAACAAAACCUAUAUAAGGAUGUGCAUCAAAGUAAAUUUAAUUAAAUAAAUAUAAUGGAGAGCUCAUUACGUUCUUGUAAAUAGGUGGCUUAUCCCAUUGAAUCACAAGACUGUCAUUUAUUUUGAGUAUGUAGUUGUGUGCUUCUUUAAGAACAAUGGAGAACUCAUCAAAAUUAGCGACUCCAACAUAUGGUCUCAUACGGCAGUGUCUUCUUGCUUGGCAACACGUCGGUGGUGAGAUACCUAUAUGUUCGGACACCCUCACUUUAAGAUGUCGUUUGGUUUUACCAACAUAAGUAGCAUGGCAGCUACUACACAAAAACAUAUAAACGACACUGGAAGUGGGAGUGUUAGGUAUUUGGUCAAAGAACACACUUUGUAGUUGCUAAUUGGACACCCGCAUUAAUAUAUGUUAUUUUUAAUAAAAGUAUUUUUACGGAUAAAACAAAAACUAUUUGGGAAAAAAUAUCUUUACUUGCGUUUUUUUUAUUCCAAAUUUUCAUCACUAAAAAUCUUAAAUGUAAAUAUAUCGAAACAGUUCGUUUACUUAAUUAUAAAUAACAUGUUAAGAUACAAUACCUUCUUUUCAGUACUAAAUCAAAGCGACCAAAGGUGAUGAACCAGAAGUACAGUUUCAACCAAUAAGCACAUAUCUGCAACACUAAGGAGAAUAUGUUGUAUCUAGUGCAUAUGAAAAAUACCUCUUUGCGAAGUUUCGGCCGUUCGACAGCCAUUUUGAAAUUACAUGAGAAAACUUUGCACAAAACACCAUAGUCGUGAUGAAAGAAGCAGUACGUUACUUUAGGGACUUUUGUACCGCUGUUGCGAUUUCUAUGAUUAUUCUAUCACCAUAUUGGUUGUACAAACGGUCACAAGUUUCCCUUGAGUUAGUAAUCAAGUCUGAAAGUGUCUUUCUACAAAAUAACAAUGAUCCACUAUCUUUAAAAACAGCAGAAGGCACCACACGUAAGCCAAGUCCGGUGAACCUUUGUUCAAAUGAUAUGAAGGACGAACCAGGCUCGUGGAUUCUGUCUUAUUCUUUGAACGCUCGAAGAACAAAGAAUGCAACCAAACGAAUUUCUGUCCUUGCAACUGAAGCUGCUAAUUCAGCUACCUACCAUGACUGGAUGCUGCGUGUGUACCAUGAUGGAAGUUUACCAAAAAAAACGCAGCAUGUUUUGACAAAGACACACAAAAAUUUACGUUUUUGUGAUGUUAGGAAGAUCUUUUUACUUGGGAAUAUACCACAUUUGAAACGCAAUUUUUGGAGAUUGUUACCAAUAGGCGAUAGUACUGUUGACGUGACGUGCGUGCGAGAUGUUGACAGUCCUUUACUAAAUCGUGAAUUCUACGCUGUAGAGCAAUGGCUGGAAAGCGAAAAGUUAUUUCACUGUAUGCGAGAUUCUCCGCAAGAGUCGAAGAGGAUAACGAGUCACGGAUUUUGCUUUCGUAAUUACAAAAAUAACACUGUCACGGAAAUAGUCUUUCAAGAAUUAAUUUCGAAUCACCAGAAAGUUGAUGAAGAUUUACUUGACGAGCAUGUUUGGCCUUUGGUAAAAACAGACGCAAUACAGCACGACUCCUAUCAAUGCACGAAAUUUCCACAAUCUCAUGCUUUUCCCAGCAGGAGACUGACAAGAACAAGCGGAUUUGUUGGAUGUAAACGACCAUGUUCCAACAGCGUUUCGCCAUGCCCUAAAGAAUGCAGACCACAAAAACAUCAAGACUGGUCCUAUUGCUAGAUUAUUCUUCCACUAUACCAACAACUCUAUAUCAGGCUGCAUUUUGUUAUUUAUAAAUCACUUAAUUAUUUGUAAAUUGCACAUUAGGUAAGUUUUUUGUCUAUGUUAAGGAAACUGA